UUCCCUCAUUCAAUUUUCCUCUUCCCCGCAUCCCUCUGCUUUCUCUUAUCUCUAUCUUCUCUCAUCCCUCUAUUCUCCACGUAACCCUAAGCCCAGAUCUAGAUUUCCUCUUCCCCUGCAUCCCUUUGUUUUCUCUCAUCUCUGUCUUCUCCCAUCCCUCUCUUCUCCACGACCCCGUGAACCCACACGAACCCAUGAACUGGCAAACCGUUCUUAGUUUAGCUUUUUAUGGGGGAUCCACUGCAAGAAAAGAACACUGCUGAGACUCUGCCAGAUGUGACACCUUUAAGGACCACAGAAGAAAAGGAAGAAAGUAAGUUAACCGAGUUUCAAAGUGAGAUACUUCAACUAGCAGCUGUUCUUAAUGGCGACCACUUCUUGAGUAGUUUCCCAGAUGAAAUGAGCAGCAAAAUGAAUGUGAAAGAAGCACAUGAGUAUGUGGAGGGUGUUGUUGCAAGGUUUAAAAGAGCUAGCAAAGAAGCCAUCAUGUUAGGGGUGGAUGAAUCUACCAUUGUAGAUAUGAGAUCAUCUCUCACCAACAGAUCCUCCAUUCAUAAUUAAUAAAUAAAAAAAAUCCUCCAAAGUCA